GUGUCUAGAUGAGUAUAACCGGUGGCCCAAGUGUCAGGCAUGGGAGGAGAGCCUCCUGGCUUGGCAAGAACUGUGUCCUCCACCUGGUUUGCUUUCCCCCACUCAUCCUUUUCGUAGUGCCUAUUCAUCUUCCACUACUGUUUUUUUUAGCGUCUUACUACGGGCCAUUCCGUCAUUUUUCUUAGCAAGGUCCUCCGCAGGUAUUCACGCCAGAGCUUUUUAUUGAGCAUCUACAGUGCACUUUGUCGCCUUCAGGGACCCCGCAGAGGUGCAAGGACUAGCCUCACGCAGAGGCGGGGGAAACAGGACAUCCAGUCCCCAAAGCCUCUGGGCCCCUGCCUGCCUGCCUUGAGCGCGCAGAGCGGGAGCUCGAAGGAGGCGGGGCUUUGGGAGGUUCGGAGGGACGCGACGUUGCCAGGGGGAUUCUGAUAGGCUCCGUCGGGGAAGGUUGGCCGCCGCCAGGCCCCGCCCCCUGGAACUCAGUAGGCGAAUCCGGCGAUUGCUGCUAAUCGGCGCAGAAGGCUUUAGUGGGCCGAGGUUCCCAGGGCCUCGGAACUGCCCAACAUAUAAAGCUUGGUAAAGGCAGAGCAGAUCUGGUCAGGUUCUGAAACGCUGAGUCCAGAGCAAUGUUGCUGAAAACAGUGCUCCUGCUGGCCUUGGUGGCCCAGGUGCUGAUGCUGGAAAAUGGACUCCUGCGGAAGCCACCCAUGGGCUGGCUGGCCUGGGAACGCUUCCGCUGCAACAUUGACUGUGACGAGGACCCAAAGAACUGCAUCAGCGAGCGGCUCUUCAUGGAGAUGGCCGACCGGCUGGCACAGGACGGAUGGCGGGACCUGGGCUACGUGUACCUUAACCUCGAUGACUGCUGGAUUGGUGGACGUGAUGCCAAAGGCAACCUGAUGCCUGAUCCCAAGCGCUUCCCCCAUGGCAUUGCCUUCCUGGCUGACUACGCUCACUCCCUGGGCCUGAAGCUGGGCAUCUAUGAGGAUCUGGGCAGCUUCACCUGCAUGGGUUACCCGGGCACCACGCUAGACAAGGUGGUCCAGGAUGCGCAGACCUUUGCUGAGUGGAAGGUGGACAUGCUGAAGCUGGACGGCUGCUUCUCGACCCACAAGGAACGGGCUGAGGGGUACCCCAAGAUGGCUGCUGCCCUGAAUGCCACAGGCCGCCCCAUCGCCUUCUCCUGCAGUUGGCCAGCCUACGAAGGGGGCCUCCCCCCCAGGGUGAACUACAGCCUGCUAGCGGACAUCUGCAACCUCUGGCGCAACUAUGACGACAUCCAGGACUCCUGGUGGAGCGUGCUCUCCAUCCUGGACUGGUUCGUGGCCCACCAGGACAUUCUGCAGCCAGUGGCAGGCCCCGGGCACUGGAAUGACCCAGACAUGCUGCUCAUUGGGAACUUUGGCCUCAGCUUCGAGCAAGCCCAGUCCCAGAUGGCCCUGUGGACAGUGCUGGCGGCUCCGCUCUUCAUGUCCACGGACCUGCGGACCAUCUCUGCCCAGAACGUGGACAUUCUGCAGAAUACGCUCAUGAUCAAGAUCAACCAGGAUCCCUUAGGCAUCCAGGGACGCAGGGUUCUCAAGGAGAAAUCCUUCAUCGACGUGUUCAUGCGACCCCUGGCCAAUGAGGCCUGCGCCUUGGUCUUCUUCAGCCGCAGGACGGACAUGCCUUAUCGCUACCACUGCUCCCUCGGCCGGCUGAACUUCACCGGCUCCAGAGUGUAUGAGGCCCAGAACGUCUACACGGGUGACAUCGUCAGUGGCCUCCGUGUUACGACCAACUUCACGGUGACCGUCAACCCGUCGGGGGUGGUGAUGUGGUACCUGUACCCCAUCAAGACGCUGGGGACGCCCCCGCAGUGAGGAGCUGGGACGUGUGACAGGCUGCGGCCGCACCGCGGAGCCGGGACCGCGGAGGGCCCACGUGCUGAGGGCCAGUGGGCGGGGGCUCUGCUCCCCAGGCCCGCUCGGCGGCCUGACCCCAUCGGACGCCUUCUCAGGCCCGGUUCUGUGCCCGCCCAAGCGAGGACCCUCUGGGGAACGUGCGGAGAUUCCUGGGGCCUUGCCGGCCUCUGCCUCGUCUGCGCAGCCCCACAGGUACUGCUGAGCAACUGGGCCAGCCUCCUGACCCACCACCGCCGGGGGGCACUGACACGUGUCAGGACUCCAGCCGCUCACCUUCUUUCUGUUGACUCUGAAAUCAGGAUUUGGAAUUUUUCUUAUAACGGGGCCUGGCGCUCUGACCCCUUGUCAGGAACGCAAAUGAUUUAUGUGAUUGACUUUCCUGCCAAGAGAAGGCCUUGCAGGCUGACGGUGCCUGGGAGUGACCUUGGUGUCCUCGGGUCACCAAUAAAGCUGUUCUUCAGUCA